CCGUAAAAUAGGCCGCGAAGCAAAUAUCUGCGCAAAGAGCUCUAAAACCGUCAAUGGCGUCCUGUAUCUCUACUUCGUCUACUUCUUCAAAUCUCUCUGUAGUUCUUCAAAGCUCAUCUUACAAUCCUCGAUUCAAACCUUCGUUUCCGAUUUCAGUUCCAGUUUUCAGCUCUUCUAAUCACAGAGCGUUGAGGAUGUGUUGCUACGCGGCGGCAAAGCAACAGACCGGGCCGGUGAAGAAGCGAACAAAUUCCAAAACAAAGAAAAACAAGAGGUCCAGUGGUAGUACUGCUCUGGAAGCCGAGGUGAUUGACGAAGAUGUUGAGCUCGAAUUUUACGAAAGAGGGGCGGCAUCUUCCGAACGUUACCACCCGCUGCCGCUGCCGAAACCUCCCGCCGGUUUUGUGCUGGACGAGCAAGGCCGUGUUCUCAUGGUUUCGAACAAACGUAUUGUUACAAUUGUGGAUUCCUCCAAUAAUUUACCCCUAGAGUGUAUCAUAAGGAGGGUAUUCAGAAGUACACAAGGGGUUGAAUGCCUGCUACUCUGCCCUCUUGAUAUGCCUAUUCUGAUCUUGAAGAGUGCGAAUUUUGAGGGGUGGUCAGCUGUCAGUGAUGAAGAAGUUGAAACUAUCCUCCCUACGGCAGCCUAUGCUCUUGCUAAGAUACACAUGCAUCUGGUACAUAGUGGGUUUUGCUAUACUGCACGAGGAGGAUUUUGCUAUACAGAGGGUGACAUAUUUGACCUUUGCACAGAUGAUGGUGACAGCGUGGAGGGUGUGCCAACUGAGGGCGUAGAGAUCACAUGCUUCCAUCUAGAUGGUUCUCACUAUAUGAUUUACACACCUUCGGACCCACUUCUUUUUGUUGCUGUGAAGGACAAGGAUGGUGUAUUUCAAAUUGCUGAAGAUGAACUAUUGGAAGACCCUGCAAUCGUAAGUGCCAUUGAUGAGGAGACAGAAUUCAAUGCUUUAGUGGAAGAAGAGGCUGCUCUUUUUGAGUCACUAUUGGGCGAAAGGUAGCCCUGGAUGAUCCCCUUUUGAAAUGCAUUUGUUUCCUUCUGUUUUGUCUUCUUCGGUAAUCAAAUUCAUAUAUAGUGUAGCUCAAUUUGAAUUUAUUGUUUCUUCACGAUUGUAUAAUUGUAUUUAUUGCCGGACAAUCCCCGCAUUUACAUCACUGGUGAAUGGUGAUUCCGGGUGGAAGAUAAAGACUUGGUGCUA